AUGGCCGGAGUGUUCCCUUUCCGGGGGCCUUGCCCCCCCCUGCCCACGCCCUUGACGCCGUUGCCUGACUACAUGUCGGAGGAGAAAUUGCAGGAGAAAGCCCGCAAAUGGCAACAGCUGCAGGCAAAGCGCUAUGCCGAGAAGAGGAAGUUUGGCUUUGUGGACGCCCAGAAGGAGGACAUGCCGCCUGAGCACGUGAGGAAGAUCAUCCGUGACCAUGGAGACAUGACCAACAGGAAGUUCCGUCACGACAAGCGGGUGUAUCUGGGGGCCCUGAAGUACAUGCCUCACGCAGUUCUGAAGCUCCUGGAGAACAUGCCGAUGCCCUGGGAGCAGAUCCGUGACGUGCCCGUCCUCUACCAUAUCACUGGUGCCAUUUCCUUCGUGAACGAGAUCCCUUGGGUGAUCGAGCCAGUGUACAUCGCCCAGUGGGGGUCCAUGUGGAUCAUGAUGCGACGGGAGAAGAGGGACCGGCGGCAUUUCAAGCGGAUGCGCUUCCCGCCCUUUGACGACGAAGAGCCCCCCCUCGACUACGCAGACAACAUCCUGGACGUGGAGCCCCUGGAGGCCAUCCAGCUGGAGCUGGACACGGAGGAAGACGCUCCCGUCUUGGACUGGUUCUAUGACCACCAGCCCCUGAAGGACAGCCGCAAGUACGUCAACGGCUCCACCUACCAGCGAUGGCAGUUCACCCUCCCCAUGAUGUCCACCCUCUACCGCCUGGCCAACCAGCUCCUCACGGACCUCGUGGACGACAACUACUUUUACCUCUUUGACCUGAAGGCCUUUUUCACCUCCAAGGCCCUCAACAUGGCCAUCCCGGGGGGGCCCAAGUUUGAGCCCCUGGUUCGAGACAUCAACCUGCAGGACGAGGACUGGAACGAGUUCAAUGACAUCAACAAGAUCAUCAUCCGGCAGCCGAUCCGGACGGAGUACAAGAUCGCCUUCCCCUACCUCUACAACAACCUUCCCCAUCACGUCCACCUCACCUGGUAUCACACGCCCAACGUGGUCUUCAUCAAAACCGAGGACCCAGACCUGCCGGCUUUCUACUUUGACCCUCUCAUCAACCCCAUUUCCCACAGACACUCGGUUAAGAGCCAGGAGCCACUUCCUGAUGACGACGAAGAGUUUGAGCUGCCGGAGUUUGUGGAGCCCUUCCUGAAGGAGACCCCUCUUUACACGGACAACACGGCCAACGGCAUCGCCCUGCUCUGGGCACCGCGGCCCUUUAACUUGCGCUCCGGCCGGACCCGGCGAGCCCUCGACAUACCGCUGGUCAAGAACUGGUACCGGGAGCACUGUCCUGCCGGGCAGCCUGUGAAGGUGCGGGUGUCUUACCAGAAGCUCCUGAAGUACUACGUCCUGAAUGCCCUCAAGCACAGGCCCCCCAAGGCGCAGAAGAAGAGGUACCUCUUCCGCUCCUUCAAGGCCACCAAGUUCUUCCAGUCCACCAAGCUGGACUGGGUGGAGGUGGGGCUGCAGGUCUGCCGCCAGGGCUACAACAUGCUCAACCUUCUGAUCCACCGCAAGAACCUCAACUACCUCCACCUGGACUACAACUUCAACCUGAAGCCUGUCAAGACCCUCACCACCAAGGAAAGGAAGAAGUCUCGCUUUGGCAACGCCUUCCACCUGUGCCGUGAGGUGCUGCGUCUGACCAAGCUGGUGGUGGACAGCCACGUCCAGUACAGGCUAGGAAACGUGGACGCCUUCCAGCUGUCAGACGGCCUCCAGUACAUCUUCGCUCACGUCGGGCAGCUGACGGGGAUGUACCGGUACAAGUACAAACUCAUGAGGCAGAUCCGGAUGUGCAAGGACCUCAAGCACCUCAUUUAUUACCGCUUCAACACAGGGCCGGUGGGGAAGGGCCCCGGCUGCGGUUUCUGGGCUGCAGGCUGGCGCGUGUGGCUGUUCUUCAUGCGAGGGAUUACGCCUCUGCUGGAGCGCUGGCUCGGGAACCUCCUGGCCAGGCAGUUUGAAGGCCGCCACUCAAAGGGGGUGGCCAAGACUGUCACCAAACAGCGGGUAGAGUCCCACUUUGACCUGGAGCUGCGGGCGGCAGUGAUGCACGAUAUCCUGGACAUGAUGCCCGAGGGGAUCAAGCAGAACAAGGCCCGGACCAUCCUGCAGCACCUGAGCGAAGCCUGGCGGUGCUGGAAGGCCAAUAUCCCUUGGAAGGUCCCGGGGCUGCCAACUCCCAUCGAGAACAUGAUCUUGCGGUACGUGAAGGCCAAAGCAGACUGGUGGACCAACACAGCGCACUACAACCGGGAGCGCAUCCGCCGUGGGGCCACCGUGGACAAGACGGUCUGCAAGAAGAACUUGGGCCGCCUGACUCGCCUCUACCUGAAGGCCGAGCAGGAGAGGCAGCACAACUACCUGAAGGAUGGUCCGUACAUCACCGCAGAGGAGGCUGUGGCCGUUUACACCACCACGGUGCACUGGCUGGAGAGCCGGCGCUUCUCCCCGAUCCCUUUCCCCCCCCUCUCCUACAAACACGACACCAAGCUCCUGAUCCUGGCCCUGGAGAGGCUGAAGGAGGCUUACAGCGUGAAGUCUCGUCUGAACCAGUCCCAGCGGGAGGAGCUGGGCCUGAUCGAGCAGGCAUACGACAACCCUCACGAGGCCCUUUCACGCAUCAAGCGACACUUGCUCACCCAGCGAGCCUUCAAGGAGGUGGGCAUCGAGUUUAUGGACCUCUACAGCCACCUGGUCCCUGUUUAUGACGUGGAGCCCCUGGAGAAGAUUACAGACGCCUACCUGGACCAAUACCUGUGGUACGAGGCAGACAAGAGACGUCUCUUCCCUCCAUGGAUCAAGCCAGCUGACACAGAGCCCCCUCCGCUGCUAGUGUACAAGUGGUGCCAGGGGAUUAACAACCUGCAGGACGUGUGGGAGACCAGCGAAGGGGAGUGCAACGUGAUGCUCGAGUCCCGCUUUGAGAAGAUGUAUGAGAAGAUCGACUUGACGCUGCUCAACAGGCUGCUGCGUCUCAUUGUCGACCACAACAUCGCCGACUACAUGACAGCCAAGAACAACGUGGUCAUCAACUACAAGGACAUGAACCACACCAACUCCUACGGGAUCAUCCGGGGCCUGCAGUUCGCCUCCUUCAUCGUCCAGUAUUACGGGCUGGUGAUGGACCUGCUGGUGCUUGGCCUGCACCGGGCCAGUGAGAUGGCCGGCCCCCCACAGAUGCCCAACGACUUCCUCAGCUUCCAGGACCUGGCCACAGAGGUGGCCCACCCGAUACGCUUGUUCUGCAGAUACAUCGACCGCAUCCACAUCUUCUUCAGGUUCAGCGCAGACGAGGCCAGGGACCUGAUCCAGCGCUACCUGACCGAGCACCCGGAUCCAAACAACGAGAACAUUGUGGGCUACAACAACAAGAAGUGCUGGCCUCGUGAUGCUCGCAUGCGCCUCAUGAAGCAUGACGUUAACCUGGGCCGCGCUGUCUUCUGGGACAUCAAGAACCGGCUGCCGCGCUCCGUCACCACCGUGCAGUGGGAGAACAGCUUUGUGUCCGUGUACAGCAAGGACAACCCGAACCUGCUCUUCAACAUGUGCGGCUUUGAAUGUCGCAUCCUGCCCAAGUGCCGGACGAGCUACGAAGAGUUCACCCACAAGGACGGCGUGUGGAACUUGCAGAACGAGGUGACCAAGGAACGCACCGCACAGUGUUUCUUGCGAGUGGACGAUGAGUCCAUGCAGAGGUUCCACAACCGGGUCAGGCAGAUCCUGAUGGCCUCGGGGUCCACCACCUUCACCAAGAUCGUGAACAAGUGGAACACGGCCCUGAUCGGCUUAAUGACCUACUUCCGGGAGGCCGUGGUGAACACCCAGGAGCUGCUGGACUUGCUGGUGAAGUGUGAGAACAAGAUCCAGACUCGGAUCAAGAUCGGCCUGAACUCCAAGAUGCCUAGCCGCUUCCCGCCCGUGGUCUUCUACACCCCCAAGGAGCUUGGGGGGCUGGGCAUGCUGUCCAUGGGCCACGUCCUGAUCCCUCAGUCCGACCUCAGGUGGUCCAAGCAGACAGACGUGGGCAUCACUCACUUCCGGUCUGGGAUGAGCCACGAGGAGGACCAGCUGAUCCCCAAUCUGUACCGGUACAUCCAGCCGUGGGAGAGCGAGUUCAUCGACUCCCAGCGGGUGUGGGCCGAAUACGCCCUCAAGCGGCAGGAGGCCAUUGCUCAGAACAGGCGCCUGACCCUGGAGGACCUGGAGGACUCGUGGGACAGAGGCAUCCCACGCAUCAACACCCUCUUCCAAAAGGACCGGCACACGCUGGCCUACGACAAGGGCUGGAGAGUCAGGACGGAUUUCAAGCAGUACCAGGUGCUGAAGCAGAACCCCUUCUGGUGGACCCACCAGCGCCACGACGGGAAGCUUUGGAACCUGAACAACUACCGCACGGACAUGAUCCAGGCCCUGGGAGGAGUGGAGGGCAUCCUGGAGCACACGCUCUUCAAGGGCACCUACUUCCCCACCUGGGAGGGGCUCUUCUGGGAAAAAGCCAGCGGCUUUGAGGAGUCCAUGAAGUGGAAGAAGCUGACCAACGCCCAGCGCUCGGGUCUCAACCAAAUCCCUAACCGGAGGUUCACCCUCUGGUGGUCUCCCACCAUCAACAGAGCCAACGUGUACGUGGGCUUCCAGGUGCAGCUGGACCUGACUGGCAUCUUCAUGCACGGCAAGAUCCCCACGCUGAAGAUCUCCCUGAUCCAGAUCUUCCGGGCUCACCUGUGGCAGAAGAUCCAUGAGAGCAUCGUCAUGGACCUCUGCCAGGUGUUUGACCAGGAGCUGGACGCCUUGGAGAUUGAGACCGUGCAGAAGGAGACCAUCCACCCCAGGAAGUCCUACAAGAUGAACUCCUCCUGCGCGGACAUCCUCCUCUUUGCCUCCUACAAGUGGAACGUCUCCCGGCCCUCCCUGUUGGCCGACUCCAAGGACGUGAUGGACAGCACCACCACCCAGAAGUACUGGAUCGACAUCCAGCUGCGUUGGGGAGACUAUGACUCGCACGACAUCGAGCGUUACGCCCGGGCAAAGUUCCUGGACUACACAACAGACAACAUGAGCAUCUACCCCUCACCCACCGGGGUCCUCAUUGCCAUUGACCUAGCCUACAACCUGCACAGCGCCUACGGAAACUGGUUCCCCGGAAGCAAGCCCCUGAUCCAGCAGGCCAUGGCCAAGAUCAUGAAGGCCAACCCAGCCCUGUACGUGCUGAGGGAGCGGAUCCGCAAGGGGCUGCAGCUCUACUCCUCGGAGCCCACCGAGCCCUACCUGUCCUCCCAGAACUACGGGGAGCUCUUCUCCAACCAGAUCAUCUGGUUUGUGGACGACACCAACGUCUACAGGGUCACCAUCCACAAGACCUUUGAAGGAAACUUGACCACCAAGCCGAUCAACGGGGCCAUCUUCAUCUUCAACCCUCGGACCGGGCAGCUCUUCCUGAAGAUCAUCCACACUUCUGUUUGGGCUGGGCAGAAGCGCUUGGGCCAGCUGGCCAAGUGGAAGACCGCAGAGGAGGUGGCGGCCCUGAUCCGGUCCCUGCCUGUGGAGGAGCAGCCCAAGCAGAUCAUCGUCACCCGGAAGGGCAUGUUGGACCCUUUGGAGGUGCACCUGCUGGACUUCCCCAACAUCGUGAUCAAAGGCUCAGAGCUGCAGCUGCCCUUCCAGGCCUGCCUGAAGGUGGAGAAGUUUGGGGACCUCAUCCUGAAGGCGACAGAACCCCAGAUGGUCCUCUUCAACCUUUACGAUGACUGGCUGAAGACCAUCUCUUCCUACACGGCCUUUUCCCGCCUGAUCCUCAUCCUGCGGGCGCUGCAUGUGAACAACGAUCGGGCCAAAGUCAUCUUGAAGCCGGACAAGACCACCAUCACGGAGCCUCACCACAUCUGGCCCACCUUGACUGAUGAGGAGUGGAUCAAAGUGGAGGUGCAGCUGAAGGACCUGAUCUUGGCCGACUACGGCAAGAAGAACAACGUGAACGUGGCUUCCUUGACCCAGUCAGAGAUCCGGGACAUCAUUCUGGGCAUGGAGAUCUCGGCCCCCUCCCAGCAGCGGCAGCAGAUCGCGGAGAUUGAGAAGCAGACCAAGGAGCAGAGCCAGCUGACGGCCACCCAGACGCGGACGGUCAACAAGCACGGCGACGAGAUCAUCACCUCCACCACCAGCAACUACGAGACCCAGACCUUCUCCUCCAAGACCGAGUGGCGGGUCAGGGCCAUCUCCGCGGCCAAUCUCCACCUGCGCACCAACCACAUCUACGUUUCCUCGGACGACAUCAAGGAGACCGGCUACACCUACAUUCUGCCCAAGAACGUCCUGAAGAAGUUCAUCUGCAUCUCCGACCUCCGAGCUCAGAUUGCAGGGUACCUCUAUGGGGUGAGUCCCCCAGACAACCCCCAGGUGAAGGAGAUCCGGUGUAUUGUGAUGGUGCCUCAGUGGGGAACCCACCAGACGGUCCACUUGCCCGGCCAGCUGCCCCAGCAUGAGUACCUCAAGGAAAUGGAGCCCCUGGGGUGGAUUCACACCCAGCCCAACGAGUCUCCCCAGCUCUCCCCACAGGACGUCACCACCCACGCCAAAGUCAUGGCCGAGAACCCCUCCUGGGACGGGGAGAAGACCAUCAUCAUCACCUGCAGCUUCACUCCGGGCUCCUGCACCCUGACGGCCUACAAGCUGACCCCCAGUGGCUACGAGUGGGGCCGGCAGAACACGGACAAGGGCAACAACCCCAAGGGCUACCUGCCCUCCCACUACGAGCGGGUGCAGAUGCUGCUCUCGGACCGCUUCCUGGGCUUCUUCAUGGUGCCGGCCCAGGCCUCCUGGAACUACAACUUCAUGGGCGUCCGGCACGACCCCAACAUGAAGUACGAGCUGCAGCUGGCCAACCCCAAGGAGUUUUACCACGAGGUCCAUCGCCCCUCCCACUUCCUCAACUUUGCCCUCCUGCAGGAGGGGGAGGUCUACUCAGCGGACCGGGAGGACCUCUACUCCUAGCCUGGCCCCCCACCUCCGGCUGACCCCCCC